AUGUCAACCACUACUGUUCUCCUCGAAGGGCUACAAGAAAAGCCUUCAGCAUUUGAUCAUUUUGAGCUACAGAAGGGUCCGGUGAAUUCAGUGACCUCAUUGAGCGAGAUUCAAACUCUGAAGCCUGUGGAACCGCGACAAAGGGUUUUGCUUCUCAAAGGAGUCCGCGAACAAUACACACUUGUCGAUGAUCAUAGCAUUCCAUCAAUAUUGAACUCAGGAGAAAUUCUUGUAAAGGUUCUUGCUGUUGGUCUGAACCCAAUCGAUUGGAAAGCCCCAGCCUUCAAUUUUGGAAUUCCCAGCCUGCCAUGGAUCAAUGGACGAGAUCUCGCAGGAGUAGUAAUUCAAGUUCCCAAUGAAUCGUCGCGUCUCCGUGUGGGAGAUAUCGUUAUGGUACCAUCGACCGACUACCGAGAUAUUAGAAAAGCUGCAUUCCAAGAAUAUGCGAUAGCUACCGAUUUUAACGCCGCCAGGAUUCCUGCCACCACAUCAAUCCACGCCUCUGCAUCAUUGGGAGUCGCAUUCGUCGCUGCGGCACUCGCCCUUGGUGUUUCACUCGGUCUUGAUUUCUCUCAAAUUCCCCAGGCGCCGGGACCAGAUAUGAUUGACGUCAUUAGUCAUUUAGAUAAGAAGCAGAUUUCAGCAGAUAUUCACAGUGAGGUGUUUGCUGCAACAAAAUCAGAACGGCCGAAACGUGGUGAUUGGCUUGCAAUUUGGGGAGCAUCAACAACUACUGGGCUAGUAGCCUUGCAGAUAGCCAAGCUCGCCGGUCUAAGAGUUAUUUGUGUGGCUGAUAUCGCACGACACGGAGCCAAGCUGCUACAAUCUGGUGCCGAUCUACUGGUAGACAGGCAUGAUACCGAGCGUGCGGUGGAAAUUAUCCGUGGCGUGACCGGAGGCAGACUUCGAUACGCGCUGGACAUUGUUGGAUCACAAACAGCGGCACUAUUGCAGAAGACUCUGGAUACCUCUGGAAAAUCCCAUCUCCUGGGACUUACUGGGUUACCUAAGGAGAGAGAUCCUAGGAUCCAUUACCAUACUGUGCCGAUCAAGGUUUUCCAUGAAGCACCUGCCGUGGGUGAAAGCUUGGUGUGUUGGCUCGAAGACCUUCUUCAUUCACGGACCUUAACUCUGCCAGAGAUCAUCCAUGCUGAUGGUGGAUUGGAGGGUAUCAAUGCCGCUUUGGAGACCCUUAGGAGUGGGGAGGCUUCUGGGAAGAGAAUUGUGGUGGACCUUCGACCGCCCACCACUGAUUUUGAAUGUCUAGCUUUUAAAUUCAGUUAG